AUGGCCUUCUUUGUACGAGACUUCUUCGAAGACCCAUACUUUGCUCGCUCGCCACUUGAACUCUUUUCCAUCUUGGAAUCUGCUACUCCCUCUCGUCGAGUCACUCAGGAAUCGGCUGCUCCUUCUACCGAUAACAAGGAACCUACUUCAACUGGAACAGUCUCUCAACAACCACAACAACGAGAACGAGGACUUGGAACUGCCAUGAGGUCUUUCAAGGCACCACGUAUCGACGUGGAAGAAACCGAAAAGGCAUAUAUUAUCAAGGCCGAUUUGCCUGGAUUGAAGAAGGAGGACGUGGCCGUUCAUUUAAAGGAUGAUGUGUUGACUAUUGAGGGUGAAAGGAGAGACGAUCGAGAGGCAGCAAACUCAAGACGUCACGUAGUUGAACGAAGCUUUGGGAAAUUCGUACGAAGCAUUCAACUACCAUCGGAUGCAGAUACUGAUGAUGCUGCUGGGAGUGUUGAGGAUGGUGUGUUGCGCAUCUCCUUUAAUAAGAAGGUUGCGCAGACUGAGCCCCGAAGGCAGAUUCUUAUUGCUUAA